UGCGCCAUAGUAGUAGCACUCUCUAAGACACAGUAAGAGCAUGGGUUCCCUAAGAGUCAGUAUAAAUAGAGUGAGAAAUAUUCGACGAGUUCGGUAUAAAUUAUUGUGUUACCGAUAAUCGUGAAAUUUCUACCAAAAUAAGCUUCGAAUCAUCUACGUCUCUCUUAUUCCUGUAAGAUUCUAAAUGUUUGUAAAAGCUGUUGUAAUGGGCGUGUCUAAAGAGAUACAUUUGUACUCAAGUUGACCUUAUGACGAACUUCAAACAAUGAUGCGAACCUGUCAAAUAUUGAUGGCUAAAGUUGCUAGUAUUACUGCUUCUUUAUGGAUAGUCCUUGCUCUGACCCGGGAAGGAAUCCUAUGUAUGCAUGCAAGAACUCCUGAGGCAAUUGAUGCUGCGAUGCUCAGAGAUUACUUCAUUCCGGAUAUACUCGAUUUCAACUCUCCCAACGAUUCGAUAUGGAUAAGGUACGGAAAGAGAGAAGUAAACUUUGGCCUUGGUUUGUUUUCCCCUGAUGAGGUUAAAGACAUGCCUACCUAUUUCAACUACCCUUGCUCAAAAGACGUCUACUACACGAUGACCUUUACAGGAUUGGAUAUGCCGACCAGAAAACACCACGAUGAAAGAGAAUACAGACACUGGCACAUCGUCAACAUCCCUGAAAAUCAGAUUAAUCAAGGCGAUACACUUGCAGAAUACAUUGGACCUAUGUAUACCAACGAAGACGGGCUUCACAGGUUCAUAUUUUUUAUAUUUGCACAACCUAACAAGACAAAAAUGAACUUCGACGAGAAAAAAUUGACGAAAACAGUUCACGGGAAAGAGCGGGUUAAUUUUCAUACAAUGGAGUUCGCUGAGAAGUACGGACUGAAAGAGCCACUUUGCGUCAAUUAUUUUUUAAUGGACAGGAUGGCACCAACAGAGCCUCCAACUCCACCCAUGAUUUGAUAUUUAUUGCUUCUGAUAUAAUUUAAUUUAAAUAUUCGAGAAGUUAUCGGGGCAGAGAACUUAUAGUAAUCUCUUUCUGGUCGGAAGGGAUAGUUUCAAUAAAUUUUGAUUCUGAAUAUGUGAGAAUUUUUCAAAAAAAUGAUAGGCAUUUUCCAUGAGCAGUGGCGUGGCCAAAAAUUUUCAUACGAGGGAUCUAUGGUCAAAAAUGUCUGAUGGAGCGGGGGAUGGUAAAAAAAAGGAGAAGCUUCUGGCUCUCACGAAAAGUUGGAUUUUUUGACAAGAUUCCAUCUCUCUUGAAUCCCUUUCUAUUGGGUGCGCCAUAGAUGUAUGAAUGUGUAAGAGUGAGUUAAGCUUCUCUUUACAGAAUUAAUAUGCUUAGAGUACCGAAAAACUGGUCCAGCUUUCCUCUUGGAUGAUUGUGGUGCCAAUACGACGAUAAGAUUCACAUUAAUGUUCCGUUUGGUUUUUUUAAUGAAGCUUGAAGAUAUAAUACUCUAAAAACUGAUGACAAACAUAAUUGAAUCAACAUUUAAGGCCAAAUACCGCCUUUGCAAAAGUAACGCGUUAAUGCGAGUGAAAAUUAAGUGAGAAAAGUAAGAUUUCUGUGGAUUCAUACGUGAAAUGGUGUGGCUACAAUAAACUAAGACUCUUGUUCUCAAACAUGCUUGACAACAAAAAUCUGUUAAAAAUGAAUGAAUGUAUAUAAUUUUAAACACACUAA